AUGAAGAUAGUGGCGUGGAACUGCCGGGGCCUGGGCAACCGCCCGGCAGUUCAGGGACUUCUGGACCUCCAAAAGUCGGAGAAGGCGGACAUCCUCUUCUUAAGUGAAACGAAGCUGGAUGAGUGGAGCACCAACGUACUCGGCGAUUUGGAGAUUUCCAGGAAGAGACUGAAAAGAGAGUUGAAGCUGUGUAGACGUGGGGCGAGAAGUAAAGCUAAUAUAGAAAAGGAGGGAGUCUUGCAGUAUAGAUUGGAGAAGGUGGAAAAUCAGAUUGACACAUACUGGAGACAAAGGGCACAUGUGAAGUGGAUGCAGUAUGGGGAUAGAAACACUGCUUACUUCCAUGCGGCGUGCUCUGAAAGGAAAAGAAGCAACAGAAUAGGGACUCUUAGAAAGGAUGAUGGGGGCUGGGUGGAGGAGGAAGGAGAGAAGAGGAGUUUUAUUUCUAACUAUUUUGCCACACUUUUCAGGUCAUCAGGAAACCGUGAUAAUCAACGGUUAUUAAAUUGUGUGCAUCGAAAGGUCACACCAGCUAUGAACAAUGAUCUGACCAAACCCUACACGCGGGUUGAAGUUGUGGCAGCCCUGAAAUCAAUCGGGAACCUAAAGGCUCCUGGUCCAGACGGCAUGCCGGCUCUCUUCUAUAAAGAAUACUGGGAUGAGAUUGGAGAAAAGGUAACUGGCGAGGUUUUGUAG